CACUCACUCCACCAGCAGGGGCUAUGCUGGACAUGUUCUUACGACUCGCCGACUUCACUUCCUCUGCAGAGGGUCGGCACCAAGUACUUGAAGUAGGGUAGAUGCCAACUCGAACCCAAAAGACUCAUCGCAUCUACCCGUCAAGGUCACGCAACCGUCAAGCCGAGGAUGUUUUCCAAAUUUCUCCGAAUUCAUCCUUCUUUAGGUCUCUCACACGCGACUUCGCGUGGGGCCGCUGUCACCAAGCCGCUCGUGGCAUUGGAGAGCACCAUCAUCACGCAUGGCUUGCCCUUUCCCGCUAACUUGGAAACUGCCAAAGCUUGCGAAGAAGCGGUGAGGGACGUCGGAGCUGUGCCUGCUACCAUUGCUCUUCUAGAUGGCUUUGCAAAUGUAGGGCUCGCGCCUGGUCAGCUGGAGCGGCUAGCUGCGUGUGGCAAUAAAGGCGGAUCGAAAAAGAAGGAAGAAGUGGUCAAAGCUGGCAGAAGAGAUCUUGCUGCGGUGCUGGCUCGUCCUGAUGUCAUUGGUGGGACUACCGUGAGCGGAACUAUGGUCCUGGCUCAUCUCGCUGGCAUCGAGAUAUUCGCUACUGGGGGCAUCGGCGGCGUACAUCGAGGCGCACAGGAUUCUAUGGACAUCUCUUCUGAUCUGACGGAGCUUGGCAGAACGCCAGUGUCCGUGUUCAGCAGUGGUGUCAAGUCCAUCUUGGACAUUGCGCGCACUCUCGAGUAUCUCGAGACGCAGGGAGUUGGUGUGAGCUCCUUCAACCGCUCCGGAGAGUUUCCAGCCUUCUACUCUGCCAAUUCAGGUCAUUACGUGCCUGCUGUGAACUCUCCACGACAGGCAGCUGAAAUACUCUAUGCGGCUAGAACACUGGGACUAGACUCAGGUCACCUCUUUGGAGUUCCGAUUCCAUCCCAAUUCGAGCCAGCUGGUCAAGCAAUUAGCUUGGCGGUCGAACAGGCAGUGCGCGAAUCUGAAGAGAAUGGCAUCGCCAAAUCGGGCAAGGAUGUAACUCCCUGGUUGCUCAAACGCGUCACUGAGCUGUGUCCACAAGCUCUCGAAAACAACACAGCGUUGGUCAUCAACAAUGCGAAGGUGGCCGCGCAGACCGCUGUGGAGCUGCAAAAGAUACGAGCGGACAGAGAUACGAAAGUAUACCCAAGCGCGGUGCCCGACAAGCGGCGAUCUACUUGGCGGCAUUGCAGACACCGAGGCACUCGAAGACAGUAGUGCAGAUACGACCUCUCGGUUGGCUGCUCGGCUUUCAUCUCAACUUCCCCUCACCAUAGGGCUGGACGCCAACUUUCAGGAGGAAGCCCUAUCCAAGGUCGUAGAUUCUGUGUAUGAAGUGCAGACCAAGCGUCGGUCGCCUGCAGUGCUGUAUGAGCCUACUUCUGUUGCCAAGGCACCGAGGCUAAUAGGCGCACUCCACAAGAUCAAGGAGAAGUACGAGGAUGACCUGAACGUGAGGCACAUGGGCAUCAUCUGGG